CUACAUCCACUAAUUCAUCUUUUCAUUUUUUUAUUACUUAUCUCUCCUCCUCUCUCUCACCUCACCCCUCUCUUUCUCGCGCACCACCAUCGCCCUCCUUCCUUUCCGCCUGUUUUAAACCAUAAUUACAAACACCCCCCCCCCCCCCCCCCCCCGCGUUUUGUUUGCUUUUCUUUUUCGUUCAAAAACGGCAGAACCCUUUUCUUUUAUCGUGGUUUUAUUUUUCCCUUUAUUCAUUGAUUACUGAUUUGUUUUAUGAUGCUAGUUACGUAACUGAUUUCUGAGUUGUUGGUUUGGCUGUAUUUGUAUUACUAAGUUACUGAGUUGUUACCACUGAGUAACAGUUCGAGUCAGUUUUGUAUUUUGUUUGCUCCGAUGUCUAUCACCGAAUAGAGUUUCUGUGAAUUGUAGUUGUCAGCUGAGUUCUGUUGCGUCAAGAUCUUGCUUCGCUGAGUUUUGUUUGGUCCGAGUCAUCGAAUUGCUGUGUAUAGAUGAAACCAAAAUUUAAUUAUUUUUCAUUAUUUUUUCGCUAAUUUAGUUUUAUUUUCCCCUUUUUUAGUAUUACUGAUUUGCUUUUUGAUGCUAGUUGCGUAACUGAUUUUCGAGUUGUUGGUUUGGCGGUGUUUGUAUUACUGAGUUACUGAGUCGUUACCACUGAGUAGCACUCUGAGUUAGUUUUGUGUUUUGUUUGCUCUGAUGUCUGUCACUCAAUCGAGUUUCAGUGAAUUGUAGUUGUCGGCUGAGUUUUGUUAGAGUCAAGAUUUUGCUUCGCUGAGUUUUGUUUAGUCCGAGUCAUCACGAUGCUGUGUAUAGAUGAAACCAAAGUUUAAUUAUUUUUCAUUAUUUUUUCGCUAAUAUAAUUGAUUUUGAAUUUUGAGUUGCUUUUGAGUUAAUUUCAAGUUGAUUUCUAGAUUGUUGUUUUAGUUGCUUUUUAGGUGGUAAUAUUUGGCCCCGCAGAGGUUAUUUUUCUGUCUUGCAACCAGUUGCAACUUAUUAUGCAAGUAAUUAAUAUAAUUUUCAAAAAAAGAAAAAAUUAAAAGUUGUAUUUGUGGUUGCAUGUGGUUGCUCGUAGUUACAGAUGUGGUUGCAUAUGCAACCACCGUCUUUUUGGAAAUAUUUUCAGGAAUAUAAUAUUUUUGCAAUUUUUUUUAAAAAGGGAUAGUAUUUUCGCAAUUUUUUUUUUUCAAACUUGGUUAUGUAUAGAAAAAGGCCAAAAUUAUAUUAUUAAUAUUAUUAUAAUGAUAUAAGAUUUUUCGCAAGUCAUUUUACGUUCGAUGGGUUCUAAAAUGAAAUAACCGUAAAAUUUGAAUUAUACAACUCAAUUAUAUUUUCUAUUUCUCUCAGGUAUAAAUGUUCAAAAAACUUAAAUUUAAUUACAAAUAUAGAAAAAGUAUAAUUUAUGAAAUACUUAAACAAAAUAUUAAAAUUUUAAUUUAUGUUAAUAGAUAUAAACCAAACAUAGUCAGUAUAUCCCGUUUAGAAUAGGGUCUGAGGAAGGUAAGAUGUACGCAGACCAUGCUCCUACCCUUAAAGUAGAGAGACUGUUUCCGUGAAGACUCCCGACUUAGUGCACAAUAAAUAAAAUUGUGUGUGAUAUAAUAAUAAUAUAAUAACUUAGCACAUGCCUUGUUCACAUGGUACUUACCUAAAAUGUUUUGGUUGUCACGCGACGAUCGACGAUAGGUGAUAAUGAUCUGAAAUGAAGAUAUCAAACUGAAUAAGAACCGCCAUUGCACACUUUCUUGAAUUAACCGAUUCCUUAUUGUGUAAUUCUUCCGUGUCGAUUCUCCUUUAUCCAUGCGCAGAUGAAGAUAAACGAAACCCUGACCUCCAGUAUAUCCAUAUCUAAUUAAAUGUUCCCGAUAAAUCCCGCUUAACAUAGAGGAAUAGGAUGGACAAAUAUACACGGCCCUUCUGCGUUCUCUUCGACCCCGUAGUCACCGGCAACUCCAUGAUUAUUAUUACUCAAUCCUCGUUGUCAGACUCAAAUCAAAGUGAAUAGAAAUAUGUGUACGUGUGUAGUUGGUAUAUAAUGUAUGCUGGCGAUUUGAAUUGUGGAUUUUUGCAAAAAUCCAAGAAAAUUAAGGGAAAAGAGGAAUUUGCAGAAGAAAAAAGUAUGGCAGAUUAAGAACAAAGUUAUUGAUACUUUAAUUCAUCUUGAAGAUGGAGACGAUGCAUACCAUUCAAACUCGAACAAUCGCCAAAAUUUCAAAAAGGAAACCGCCAAAGAUUGAAGGAAAUGCUAAAGCGUGGAGCCUAUUGUUCCCUAUUAUAAUUUAUGUUAAUAGAUAUAUAAAGAUAAAAAUAGCAAAAAUAAUUAAACAGACAGAUUAAUUAUAUUAAUUAAUUAAUAUAGAUACAUUAAUUGUGCUUAAUUAAGUUUAUUAUUAUGAAUUAAGUAUUUAUAUAUAGAGUAAUUUGUAAAAACAAUCACUUUCUUAAACAAAAACCCAAAAACACGGCCAAAAUUCUUCUUCUGCAACCCCAACCUUUCAGUAUAAAUAGAUCCUCUCAUACUCUCACGUUCAAACACGAAAAAUAUCUUCCAAAUCUGUUGUGUGUUUUAGAUUGAGUACCUGUGAAGUACUCCGUGAACAAAUUCUUGUGUCGAAUUUUCUUUAAUUCAAAAAAAAAAAUACUAUAGUGAUGUUUUCCUCUGCUAGUUCAUUGAACCAAGUGGUCAUGCAUUCUUCUAAAUCUCCUGCUCUUCAGGCUCCAAGUUUCCGAACAUACACUACUCCUGCUUUCAUCAAAUUCCAGCACAAAAAUCUCUUCAAGCCAUCUCUUCCGAAUCUUCACUUUUGCAAGGCUUCAAGUCCUGUCCAAUCAGUAGAAAUCAAGAAUGAAAUCACCAAAAAUGUGGAGGGACAUUCUACUGUCACAGCAGCUCAGAUGUACAAGGCCAUGUUUCUUGACAUGGACGUAGUUAUUCCUCGAAUUUUACCCCAGCUCAUCAAAUCCAUCCAAGUCCUUGAGGGUGAUGGUGGUGUUGGUACCAUCAAGUACCUUACUUACGGGGAAGCGGUGAAGGCCACAAGCAUGAAGCAGAAGAUAAUCAUAAUGGAUGAGGAGGCAAUGACAUACAGUUACAUUGUGAUCGGAGGUGAUAUUUUGCCGGAAAAAGUCGAGUCGGUCACUAAUCAUUUCACAGUUGUGCCUACUGAUGAUGGAGGUUGCGUUGUGAAGUUGAGUGUAGUGUUUACACCAGUUGCUGGUGAGAUGGUACCGGAAGAGUACAUUAAGGAAAGCAUUGCCCAGUCGUUUCAGGUAUUCAAGGCUACUGAAGCUUACAUCCAAGCUGAUUAAGAUGUGUAAUAAUGGCGUUUUAUUGUAUCUGUUCUAUGCUGGUGGGAACUCUCACUCAUUCAAGGUUUGAAUGUCAAUGAUGAAUGAAUUAUGUUCCUAUUUAUUGCAA